AUGGGCUCCAGACUUACUGGAAAAACUUCAAGGUUGCAGGAUUCAAGCGGUCAAUACUCUAAACAUAUAAGAUGCAAUACGGAGCUGUGUUCCGCUGUGGAAAGAGGAACAGGCAACACAGCAAAAUUGAAGACUUUAACCUCUUUCUCCUCCAUUAGCCACCAAAACCCUCUGCCUGCAAGAGUGAACCAACCAGUGCUGCAAAAGAGAGCUAUUACUGACAGAAGUCAUGGAAAAGUGAAAACUGACGUUUCAAAAUGCAUUCCCAAACGGUUGGAAAAAGCAGAGGUUGGAACAAGAAUUUAUGAAUUUCCAUCUUUUGUUAAGGAGGCUAAUUCAUCAGCUCUUCAAAGCCUAUCAGAAGAUGGAACAAGGAUUACAGAAACCUGCAGUGAUAUUUUAUCUCAAGGUAAAAGAAAACAAAUAAAACAGAGGCCAGGAUGUGGGAGUUUUUAUGCACCUACAAUUUCCUCUACAAUGCGCUUGAUUGCAUCUAGAGAUGCCAGGAAAACUAUUAUAAGUUCUUCUCAAGGUACAGGAGUGGGUGCAAGGAAAUGCAAUUUGAAGAAAAAUAUUUUAUCAAUUUCAGAAUUUAUUCCAUUUUCUCGCUCUAUUUCUGAAUCUACUGCCUUAAAAACCAGCACAUCUGCGUCAUCAAAUAGAAAAUUAUCAGGGUCUCUGAAUACUAGGCUCUCUGCUGCAACUACUCUAACAGCUACAAGCAAAUCUAAGAUAAACGAUCUCUUGGCGGUAGUCAAGCCUCUGGAACAUUCUAGAAGUGGGGCUACAAGAGGGCUGCUAGCUAAAGGAAAUCCACGCCAUCCACUCCGCAAAGCAAUGGUUGCUCGAGUGCCAACGAGCAAAAUUUCUAUUUUGGGGUCUUCUGGGAGCUCUUCAAGGUCUCUUGGCAAUGAGCUCUCUUCUACCUGCCAUAAUGUUUCUGAAAGGAAGAAUUUUAGGAGACAAAAUUCUCCUAGUGGACCUACUUCAAAUCCUGCAGUAGGAAGGAUGCUUACCUUUUGUGAUCCUUCAAUUAAUCCAAAUGCUCGUAGUUGGAAUAAUACUGAAGAAAUUAUAGAGCCUCCAAUGAUCCUGGAGUGGAUUGAGCAUAAUCAAGAACGAACUUAUGAGCAUAUGUUACAAUCUGAAUCAAAUGUGUCAUUGGGAAGACUUAACUUCCAUGACCAAUAUAGAGAAAUGAGAAUGGACAUUGACAACAUGUCCUAUGAGGAACUUCUCGAACUGGCGGAAAAAAUGGGCUCAGUUAGUACUGGCCUGACAGAUGAAGCACUUACAAAAUGUCUCAAGAGAAGCAAUUUUAAGAAGCCACAUUCUCUAUUUGGAAUCACUGAUUACGUUGAGGAUGGUAACAGAUGUGGCAUAUGUCUGGAAGAAUGUGUUGAUGGAGAAGACAUUGGAGCAUUGUCGUGCGAGCAUUGGUACCACCUAGUCUGCAUCCAACAAUGGCUCAAGCAGAAGAAUUGGUGUCCAAUAUGCAAAUCCCAUGCAUGCGCCGAUCCUUAG